AUGGCGUCUACUGAACUAGCAAGGCAAGCUGGCGAAGGGGUCCGCGCUGUACCUCUGGCAGGCCAUGUUGGCUUUGACAGCAUGCCUGACCAGCUGGUCAACAAGUCUGUCAACCGUGGUUUCUGCUUCAACAUCCUCUGCGUUGGUGAGACGGGUCUGGGUAAGUCCACUCUAAUGGACACCCUGUUCAACACCAAAUUUGAGGGCGAGCCCACCCAGCACAACCAGCCUGGAGUGACGCUCAAAUCCAACACCUACGAACUGCAGGAGAGCAACGUGCGCCUCAAACUGACUGUCGUCAAUACUGUGGGCUUCGGGGAUCAGAUUAAUAAGGAAGACAGCUACAAAUCCAUUGUGGAAUUUAUCGACACCCAGUUUGAAGCUUACCUCCAGGAGGAGUUGAAAAUCAAGCGCACCCUACACAGCUACCAUGACACCCGCAUCCACGCCUGCUUAUAUUUUAUCGCCCCGACAGGACACUCGCUGAAAUCCCUGGACUUGGUGACGAUGAAAAAACUGGAUAGCAAGGUCAACAUCAUCCCCAUCAUCGCCAAAUCGGAUGCCAUCUCCAAAAGUGAACUGGCCAAGUUUAAAAUCAAAAUCACCAGUGAACUAGUCAGCAACGGGGUCCAGAUUUACCAGUUCCCCACCGAUGAUGAAUCCGUGGCAGAAAUCAACUCCACCAUGAAUAGCCAUUUGCCAUUUGCUGUGGUGGGGAGCACAGAGGAAGUGAAGAUCGGCAAUAAGAUGGUGAAGGCUCGGCAGUACCCCUGGGGGACGGUGCAGGUUGAAAAUGAAAACCACUGUGAUUUUGUGAAACUGCGGGAAAUGCUGAUCAGAGUGAACAUGGAAGAUCUUCGAGAACAAACCCACACACGCCACUAUGAGCUCUACCGCCGCUGCAAACUGGAGGAAAUGGGCUUCAAGGAUACGGAUCCUGACAGCAAACCCUUCAGUUUGCAGGAGACUUAUGAAGCAAAGCGAAACGAGUUUAUGGGUGAGCUGCAGAAAAAGGAAGAAGAGAUGAGGCAGAUGUUUGUCCAGAGAGUUAAAGAGAAGGAGGCCGAGCUCAAAGAAGCAGAAAAGGAGCUGCACGAGAAGUUUGAUCGCUUAAAGAAGCUCCAUCAGGAUGAGAAAAAGAAGCUAGAGGAGAAGAAGAAGAGCCUGGAUGAUGAAGUCAACACAUUCAAACAGAAAAAGACUGCAGCUGAGCUCUUGCAGAACCAAGCUCAGCAGGCAGGGGGCUCCACCACACUCAAAAGGGACAAAGAAAGGAAAAACUUCUUUUAAUCUGUCUUGACCACCUGAAGAGGGGAUUGCAGCUUCAGCAAGAACUAAGCACCCUUUACCUCCUUCUGCUUUUUUCUCCUUGUAUCAGCCUUUUCAUUCUCCUCAUCGCAUCCUCCUUUUGUUUAAUAUGGCCUUAUGUGGACUCGCAUGGUAUUUCUGACCACCUAGUGAAGCUCUGAAAACCAGAAACGGACUAAAUUAUGCUGUUAUGUCUUAAUGUACAUAGAGAGACUCUUAUAGUUAGCAGAGGAUUUCAGGAGGGAGUCACACUUUUUUUUUUUUUUUUUUUUAGGAUUCACGGGUAAAAUCAUUAAAUUAUCUCUUUCUUUAAAUUUAACAUGACCUGCACUAUGCACUCAUUUAGAUUCAAAGUAUAAAAUGCAUAUUAAAUUAAACCUGAGAAAUGUUUGAGUUGUGAUUGAAUGAAAUCCUGAACACUUUAAAGGAGAUCUGUUUUGUUUUUUUAAAUGGAAAAAAAAAUUAACAUAGUCCUAAAAAAUGCCAAAGCAGCUGUUAUGGUUCUCGUGUUCAGGUAUCACCAUUGAAUACCAUGGAGGUCACAUGUCAGGGGCUUUUAUUACAUGUCGUGCUCUAACAUUAACUGGUAUGUUCUAUAUUUUUUGCAUGCAUCUUUUAUUAAAGUUUCAUAACUGCUGUGAUCUUUCUGGUUUUUACUCCCCAGAUAUCUGAGCUCUGCGGUCUGUUCCUUUAAUUGAUGUUUUCUUACAAAAAAAGGAAAAAAAAUGUUGCAUUUAAUCACUAUAAUUGCUCUGUCCAAUGAUUUCAGCUCCCAGUUUACCAAAUGAGUUGAACAGAUCCCCAGAUAAAGAGUAUUAAAAAUACUCCUGCAUUUAUAUAAUUUAUAAGGAUAUAUUUUGUGUAUUAAAGUGGAGAUUUGUUGUUUAUUACCUAUGGUGUUUGGAUGUGGUUCUUUGGAGUGUAAAAGUGACAUUUUGGAAUCAGGACCUGCCUACAAGUUUUUUCUAGUAUCUGCCAUCACCUCUUGUUGUUUAAACCUCUAUUACAGUACAAAUGAUUCAGUAUUCUGCUUUAGUUUAAUUCCAUUGAUGUACAUUUUGAAUAAAAAAAUAAAUAAAACCAA